ACAGAGCCACGCGAACACGCUAUACUUUCACAUGUCUCCUGCCUCUUUUAUCAUCGUCAUUAUCAAAGCUAUCGGGAAGCAUGGUGCAUCACUCGGGAUCCAUACAGUCCUUCAAGCAGCAAAAGGGUAUGCACAACAGUAUCAGUGAGAUUUUAAAGGAGAAGACCCUGAAGUCGUCUCGCCGCAGUUUGCCAUGUCUGGCUCAGAGUCAGACGCAUCCUCAAAACCUCAACCACUUCCUGUCUGUGCCUCUGAAUCCUGAACCCAAAACAUACACAAACAGCAUCAGUGCCUCCUGUACACACAUCACACCUCCUCCCACCGACACGGGUCAGGAUGUUUGUACGGAAGAGAGAGAGGUUGGGGAUUUUGAGCCUAAAACAGACGAGGUGCUCCUUGUCCAGAAAAAGCCGAUGUCCAGAGGAAAACUAGAGGCCCGUACAGAAUCCAUACAGGGGAACAACCUGGACAACCCUUCUGGACUGAUGUUUCGAGAUGGGAAGAAACGCAUCGACUACAUCUUAGUAUAUAAGAAAUCCAGUCCUCAGGUGGAGAAGAGGUGCACAUUUGAGAGGAAUCUGCGGGCAGAGGGUAUAAUGCUGGAAAAGGAGCCCUCAUUAACCAACAGUGAUAUCAUGUUUGUGAAGAUUCAUGCGCAGUGGGACACGUUGUGUAAAUAUGCUGAGCAGAUGAACAUCAGAAUGCCUUUUAGGAGAAAGUGUUACUUCACAGACUGGAAGAAAAAAAAUCUGGGCAGUCCAUUUCAGCUGAAAUUUCGUCAGGUAAAGAGUUGGUUGCCCAGGAACCCUAUGAAACUGGACAAAGAGGCGUUACCAGAUCUAGAAGAAUCCGACUGCUACACGGCGCCCUUCAGCAGGGCUAGAAUGCACCAUUUUAACAUCAACAACAAAGAGACUUUUUUCUCAACCUCGACAAGGAGCAGAAUAGUACAUCAUGUACUACAGCGGAUGAAGUAUGAGGAUGGGAAAUCUAAGAUGGGCAUCAAUCGGUUACUUGGCAACAGCACGUACGAGGCAGCGUUUCCUCCACAUGAGGGAAGUUAUAAAAGUCGACAUCCAAUAAAGACUCACGGGGCUCAGAACCACAGACACCUUCUAUAUGAAAGAUGGGCACGCUGGGGAAUGUGGUACAAAUACCAGCCAUUAGACCUCAUUCGACGGUACUUUGGGGAGAAGAUCGGCCUGUAUUUUGCAUGGCUGGGCUGGUACACAGGUAUGCUGAUCCCUGCUGCCCUAGUCGGCCUCUUCGUUUUUCUCUAUGGUCUGUUCACCAUGGACUCUAGCCAAGUAAGUAAAGAGAUCUGCGAGGCCCACAGCACCAUCAUGUGCCCCAUGUGCGAAGGCAACUGUAGCUCCUGGACGCUGAGUGACAGCUGUGUCUAUGCAAAGGUGACCCAUCUUUUUGAUAAUGGAGGCACAGUCUUCUUUGCUAUCUUCAUGGCAAUAUGGGCUACCGUGUUCCUUGAGUUCUGGAAGAGGAGGAGGGCGGAGCUCACCUAUGACUGGGAUUUGAUCGACUGGGAAGAAGAGGAGUGUAAAUCCUGUGUCAUGAUGUGUUCUGAGGAACUACGGCCCCAGUUUGAAGCCAAAUACUCGCGGAAGGAGAGAGUAAACCCCAUCUCAGGAAAACCAGAACCCUUCCAGCCCUUCACAGACAAAUUCAGCCGGCUUAUGGUGUCUGUUUCGGGAAUCUUCUUUAUGAUCUCUUUAGUUCUGACAGCCGUGUUUGCCGUGGUGGUGUUCCGGCUCAUUGCCAUGGAGAAGUUUGCCUCCUUCCAGUGGGAGUUUGUGAAGAAGAACUGGCAGUUUGCCACCUCAGGCACUGGAGUUUGCAUUAACUUCAUGAUCAUCAUGUCUCUUAAUGUGGUCUAUGAGAAAGUGGCAUAUCUACUCACAAACCUGGAACACCCGCGGACAGAGUCCGAAUGGGAAAAUAGCUUUGCCCUCAAGAUGUUCCUCUUCCAGUUUGUCAAUCUCAACAGCUCCACCUUCUACAUAGCAUUCUUUUUAGGGAGGUUUGCUGGCAGGCCGGGCGACUAUAAUAAGCUGUUUAACCGAUGGAGGAUGGAGGAGUGUCACCCCAGUGGUUGUCUGAUUGACUUGUGCUUACAAAUGGGGGUAAUCAUGGUGUUCAAACAAAUCUGGAACAAUUUCAUGGAGCUGGGCUACCCACUGCUGCAGAAUUGGUGGUCUCAACGUAAGAUCAAGCGUGCGGGUGAGCCGAGUAGAAGUAAAGAAAAGCUUUCUCAGUGGGACAGAGACUGGAACCUUCAGCCCAUGAAUGCACACGGCCUGGUAGACGAGUAUCUGGAAAUGGUUUUGCAGUUCGGUUUCACCACAAUUUUCGUGGCGGCCUUUCCUCUGGCUCCACUGCUGGCUUUGCUCAACAACAUCAUUGAAAUCCGAUUGGACGCCUACAAGUUUGUCACACAGUGGAGACGACCAAUGCCGGCACGUGCUACUGAUAUCGGCAUCUGGCAUGGCAUCCUGGAGGGAAUUGGAGUUGUGGCAGUCAUAACAAAUGCUUUUGUCAUCGCCAUUACUUCAGACUACAUCCCUCGCUUUGUCUAUGCGUUCAAAUACGGUCCCUGUGUGGACAAGGGUUACCGGCAUGAGAAAUGUCUUCGAGGAUACCUGAACAACAGCUUAUCUGUCUUUGAUAUGGGCGAGCUUAAAAACGGAAGUUAUCACACACGAUAUUGCAGAUAUCGGGAUUACAGAGCGCCUCCAUGGAGUCCUGAGCCUUAUGAGUUCACCCUGCAGUUCUGGCACGUUUUGGCUGCCAGACUAGCCUUCAUCAUUGUCUUUGAGCAUCUGGUGUUUGGUAUUAAGACCUUCAUAGCCCACAUGAUUCCAGACAUGCCCAAAGACCUGUGUGAUCGCAUGCGUAGAGAGAAAUACCUGAUGCAGGAAAUGAUGUACGAGGUGGAACUGGAGCAUUUGCAGAACGAACGAAAAAAUAAUGGCAAACAGUAUCACCACGAGUGGCCUUAGCCGUGCCCAACCCAUGAACGCACACAUUUACACGUAAAAAUCGCAUUUACACGAAAGCACAUCGAUACUGGGAAGGACGUACAUGCUCAACCAUUCUGCGGCCUUGGACAGCUAGCUUUACUGAAUCCAUGCAUGGGCUGCCCAAUUCAGAUUAUAAUUUCUGUGUAGAACUCUGUGGUUGAGGUCAAAACCUGAUCUCCGGCUGGGCCUUUAGAGCCUGGAGUUGGCAGCUGUGCUCUGCACCAAAGAGGUUCUUCUCAGUCACAUGACGCCUGCCUGAGACCUCCAAUCAUCUGUCAUUUCAUCCCCCUGAGGGUGUUUACACGCUAGAGAUAGCUUGGGUGUCUAGAGGUGUUUAUGAUAGCAGAAAGACCCAGAACAGUUUGAAAACAAGAAAAAGCGAUUUGGACGAAAGCAUGACCAGAUUCACCUUUCAAAUUUUUUAUUUCUCCACCGAAUGAAUUUAACGUGUUCAAAUUAACUCUAGUGUCUUGGUGUCCUGAGUUACUUCUCUCAAAGUGGUAAAGAUCGUUCUGCACUGGCACCGGUCAAGUAUUUCUCGUCUUAGUAUUUCUCGUGAAAACAGAGCUGUCUGUGCAGCUGGAUUGUUUACUAUGCAGAUGAAGGGCUUUGGAGUUCCUCUUUCUGCUCGCCUACUCGUCUACCUGUUUCUCACUGUGUGUGGCAGCUAGCAUCCCUCUGUGAAGCGGCUCUCUACGUGUAGCCAGGCAAAGUAACAACGUUAACACAAAAUAAUACAGUUUUUACCAAUACUAACUCCUACCAACGCCCUCUCGCGUCGCUUGCCGACAUCUCACGUUGUGAUCUUUGUUACAGAGGUGGUUUCUGGUGAAGAUUACCAAAUAAAAUUUAGUUUGUUUAUGCAAAAGACAGUUUUAAUGUAAUUUAUAGCCCUGGAAAAUAUAUGCAGUUUUGCAGUUUCAAUACAAGUAGUUUUGUCAAGGCAAAAUAAAAAAAAACAGCAAAUAGCGCCAACUUGGGCAAAACAAUCAAAUGAAAAAAAAAUAGCAAGCGUGGUUUUUUAUUGCAUGUUUUUUUUUCAAUCUACCUGUUUUUGUAAAAAGACAAUGGUGUGAAUUCACUAAACAGUCUAGUAGGCCGAUUUAGCGUGCUGCAAUUUUUUGCUUAAAACUUCUGUAGUAUUUGUUAACCAUCCGCGAUCAUGGUUAAUUAGAUAUUAGAUGCUGAUAAAGCACUGCUCUGUGAGUUUUUUUUUUUUUACUUAAGCCUUUGUCCUAGUUUUAGGGCAAACUCACAUUCUUAUAAUAUGCAUUAAGCCUAUUUGUGUUGUCAAUUUAACAAAUUCAUUUAGUACAAAUCACAAUUAGAAAAUCCGAGAAUUAACCUCACCCUAAUGUCAUUUCACACCCGUAAAACUUUGUUCAUCUUUAGAACGCAAAUGAAGAGAUUUAGACAGCAAUAGACAGCAAUGCAACUCACAAUUUUCGAGCCCAGAAAGAGGUCCACGUGACUUCAGCGGUUCAAUUUUACAUUUCAUAAAGCAUUGAAAAUACUUUUAGUGCUAAUAAAGUCAGUCUCUGACACCUAUUCACGAAAGCAGAACAUGCAUGCAUUAAACAUGCAUAUUUAUUUAUUUUAUUUAUUUAAUGCUGUCGUUUAAAACACAUGCAUACAAUUGAUUUUGAUAUUUAUUUAAUGGCAGCAUGCAGUGUGUGUAUGCAGCAAUGCUGAGUAUGCUGGAAGCUAAUGAACAAUAUUCCAUUGUGAAUAUAACCAAUUAGAAAAUCCAAACAGCACAGAUGAAUAAAUCCAACUUCACAUUACAAUUACAGCAUUAGACAUGGAAGUGGUUUGAAAAAUUACCAUUGGGACAAUGGACAUGAAAAACAUGUUGUGUUUAAUUGUUCUGUUAUGCACAUGUUUAGAUGUGCAUUCAUUAAGCUGAUGAAACGGGUCGUGACAGCAGCAUGUCAUUCUUUCACUACCUUUCAAAACCCAAGGCAAUGGCUGUGUUCAGAAUUGCAUACUAGGCUACUGUACUUGUACUUUUCUGUAGUAUAUACUACAUACAUACAGUACUGUGCACAAUAUACGCAUUUGGUGUAUGUAUGGAAUGCCCAAAUGAUCCACUUGGCCAAACUGUGCAUAAACCAAAGCAAAGUGCAUUGAUAAGGUGACCACCCAUCUUCGUUUGUGUUCUCAAAUCGCUCUCAUGGUACUUUGAUGAGGCAUGAAGUUAAACAAUUGACUGUUAUUAACUCAUUGACGAGUAAUCUUGUCAACAAAGAUUGUUGUUAACUCAUUGAAGAGUAAUCUUGUCAACGGCGAUUCAAAUUUCCGCUAUUAUCCAACAGGUGGCGCUCUUACCCAACUUAUAGACCCCUUAAAAGUUUGUAAACAUUGCAACGUCUCCGGGUGGGCGGGGCUUAGCUGGAGGCAAAAAGAGCCGUGGAUGUUGACAAGUGUAAGCUAGCAUGUUUUAGGAGGGAUUUAUUAAACAUGGCUACAGGAGAUGUUUCGGAACUGUCCGAAUAUGUACAGUCACUGAUUCUGCGGGAACGGGACAGCUAUUUUUGUUAAUUAACUCUCGCAGUUUUAACCAAGUUUUGGAUAUUUCCAAACUGGUUUGGGGAAUUUUGUAAAGGCUUAUUGUCUAAUGUACGGAGGACCACAAGAGUCAUGCAAAAUGUAAUAAAGAACUUCAAAAUUUAAUAACUAA